GAGAUAAUUGCUGCCUUCCUGAGUGGGUACUGCGACACAGGGACCAGCCCGCAGUGACAGCUCGGGGCUCUUUGAAGAUGCUGAGAGAGCUGCUAAAUAUGCAAAUCUAGGCACGCUGCUGUGGCUCUGAUUUAAUGGAGCUGUUGACCCUCUGCAGCUGUGUGGGAGCAAGAAGAGACAGACUGUGGAAUGCGGCAUCCCUGAUUGACUAUUCCAGCCACGGGCCAACCUCUGCUCUGCUGGGCUCUUUUAAUGGCUGGGAGUUGCUCCAAAAAAUGCCAUUUCUGAAGAGCAAAAAGCUGCUGGGUCAUAUUUCUGUUUCGAUUCAAUGAAAAAGCUUAAAAGAGAGAGAUAAGGGCGUAGCUCCAGGUCAUUUUGCCCAUGGCUGGAAGCUAAAGCAGGUCCAGAGCUGCCCUGGAAAUGUCUCCAGUGGAGCAAAGCCAGCUCUGCCUCCUGCUCCAGGCUUCUUUCAGGGCUGCAUCUGGUUCCCAAUGAUAAUGAUGAUGCCAACAUCGUGCUCCUGCCUGGGAUAAUCUCCCUUUUAUUACACGUGUCCUGAUGGGGAGAAACAUUGCUGGUUCUGCCUGUCCAGUUUCUUAUGCAACAGCUCCCAGGGACAGAGGGCUGCAUGGGGGAGAGGUGCUUGGUUUUUGGAAUAAGCUCCUUGGGCAAGAAACCUUAGAUCUGACUCCCCAUCCUACAAGGAGUUAGCUGAGAAACUCCCCCCUGCUCAAGCCCGAGCCAUGAUCAUGGCUGGCACAACCAGAGGCCUCCCAAAAAAAAGCUCAUCCACUCUGGGCAGGGCUCCUGGUGCUGUUGGAGAGGUCAGGAUUAGAACAGGACAGUGCUCCCUUUUCCUGGUUGAGUCCCCUGCUCUCCCUGCCCAGCCCGCAGAGCAGAGCAAUCAGCUAAAUGCUUUAUCCCUCUGCAGCCACUCACACCAGGGGAAGGAGAAAAAAAAUAAUAGAAAGGAGCCUGAAGUGAUCCCUUUGCUGGCCUGACACCUUAAAGCCUCUCACCUCUCCCUGUCUUUCAUCAGAGUCCUAAACUCCUUAGGAUGUCAUCACGUGCUCCAUAAAUAACAAAUAUAUAUAAGCAGGGGCUGUGGAGGAUGCAGCAGACGGAGGAGAGGAGGCAAAAGCCCAGAUCCUCCUCUGCUGCCAGCGCUGAGACGGCACCCCUGGAGGCAGGAGGGCAGGGAGCAGCUCAGCGUCACGGCUGAUACUCCUGCCUGCUAACAGUGCUGGAGGAGCUCGGCUGGAAUAAAGAGCGUGGGAGCCGGCAGGGGCUGCCCCGAACCGAGGGAGCGGCGGGAGGAGGAGGAGGAGGAGAGGAAGAGGAGGAGGAGGAUGUCGGCACUGAGCGCUCUGCCCUUCCUGAAGCCGGUGCACCUGCGGUCGCCCCGCAGCUCGCCCGGGGGCCAGCGCCGGCACACGCUGCCCGCCAGCGAGUUCCGCUGCCUCGGCCCCGGGGACGCCGCCAGCGUGUUCGAGAUCGAGAGAGAAGCCUUUAUAUCGGUUUCUGGGGACUGUCCCCUGCACCUGGAUGAGAUCCGCCACUUCCUGAACCUGUGCCCGGAGCUGUCCCUCGGCUGGUUUGAGGAAGGGCGGCUCGUGGCUUUCAUCAUUGGCUCCCUCUGGGACCAGGAGAGGCUCAGCCAGGCAGCCCUGACCCUGCACAAGCCGCAGGGCUCGGCCGUGCACAUCCACGUGCUGGCCGUGCACCGCACCGUGCGCCAGCAGGGCAAGGGCUCCAUCCUGAUGUGGCGCUACCUGCAGCACCUGCGCUGCCUGCCCUGCGCCCGCCGCGCCCUGCUCAUGUGCCAGCCCUUCCUCGUGCCCUUCUACCAGAAGUGCGGCUUCCAGGCGCUGGGGCCCUGCCAGGUGACCGUGGGGGACAUGGCCUUCGUGGAGAUGCAGCACGCCGUGCGGGGACACGCCUUCAUGCGCAGGAACAGCGGCUGCUGAGGCCCCGGGGGACGAGAGGCUGCAGCCCCUGUGCAUCCCCUGUGAUCCAUCGUCCCCAGCUGGCUCUGGAUGUGGCUGCUCCCUCUGCCACAUCUGCCUGACAGCCACACCAGCCCGGCCCCAUCCCAUCCCUGCAGGGCUGGGCGCAGGAAUUCCUGCCAGGUCCGGCUGGAAGCAUCGGCUGCCUGGGCUCUGCUGGCAGCUCUGGGUGGGCUGCAGGGCCACGAGCCCCCUGGGAUGGAAAGGCUUUGCCCUGGGAAUGGCUGGGGGUGCUCUGCUGGUGUGGGGACACUUCCACCCACCACGGUUUGCUCAGACACCCAGCAGAGCCCCUGCAAACACGUGCCUCAGCCUGGCACCCCUCCCGCCAUCACCACCACCACGAGUGGAGCACACCAUGGCCAAGCCCUCCCUGAGCAGUCUCCAGGCCAGGCAGGGCCAUGGCAGCCACCUCCCUGCCCACAGCCAUCCUUCCAGCCCCCUUGGAGCACAUUCCCAGCCCCCUUGGAGCACAUUCCCAGCCCCCUUGGAGCACAUUCCCAGUCCCCAGCCACCCUCAGCUGCACAUUGCAGAGCCUCCCCAGGGAACCAGCCCAAACCAUUUGGUCCUCCCUGUCCCAGACCCACAACCAGCCCAGGACAAGCCUUCUGCAAACAACUCAGGUUGUUGGAAAGCAGCAAAUAAAGACGUGGU